AUGGUUCUCUAUGUUCCUUUGCCUCCAGAGGACCACUUCUCUGAGUUUGAAAUAAUCCCUGCGGAGGAUAAUUAUCAGAACCCCCCAACUGGAAAUGAUCAGCAGCAACAUGCUGAAUGGUUUGAGGAGCAGUUGGAAGAUGAUCUCAAAUGGUCUUUUGCUUUGAAUGGUGUGUUGCAUGCAGCAACAAGCGAGUUCCAAGACAUAGUUCUUUUGGACACAAAGCGAUUUGGAAAGGCUCUGGUGAUCGAUGGGAAGUUGCAGAGUGCUGAAAGAGAUGAGUUUAUUUACCAUGAAUGCUUGGUUCAUCCUGCUCUUUUACUACAUGACAACCCAAAAACAAUAUUUAUAAUGGGAGGUGGCGAAGGGUCAACAGCAAGAGAGUCACUAAAGCACAAAGAUGUAGAGAAAGUUAUCAUGUGUGACAUUGACAGGAUGGUUGUCGAUUUUUGCCGAGAACAUCUGACAGAAAAUCAGGAGGCGUUUCGUGACGAUAAGCUCCACAUUGUUUUCAAUGAUGCAAAGGAUGAGCUAGAGAAAACUGAAGAAAAGUUUGAUGUGAUUGUGGGAGACCUACCAGAUCCAAUAGAGGGAGGGCCUUGCAAUGACCUUUACACCAAACCCUUCUAUGAGCAAGUCCUAAAACCCCACCUCAAAGACAAUGGCAUCUUUGUCACUCAAGCUGGUCUGGCAGGAAUUCUUUCCCAUAAGGAUAUCUUCACUUCAAUAUACAACACUAUAAAACAUGUGUUCAAAUAUGUGAUUGCAUACACAGCUCAUGUGCCAUCUUAUGCAGAUUCAUGUGGAUGGGUUUUGGCUUCAGAUGAACCACUCAAAUUGGACGUUGAACAACUCAACAGCAGAAUCCAGGAAAGAAUUAGAGGAGAUCUCCUCUAUUUAGAUGGUGCUUCCAUUGUAUCAUCCACUGUAGUAAACAAGAUGAUCUGCACAUCGCUUCUGAAAGAAACUCAAGUCUUGACUGGAGAAAACGUAAGGUUCGUCUAUGGGCAUGGGCUUGCAAAGAAUGCAGAAGAAUAG